CCACCACCUUCGAGCACCAAUCUUUCCAUCGCAAGACAUAUCCGGUAGUUUCUCUUCGCUUGUUUUGCUUGAAUCUUAGAUAUCUAAUGCACAGUAAACGUAGUGCCUCAAUUGACGCGCUUCCUACGCGCUAAGACGCGUUGCCAUGAAACUCGUUGCUUGACAAGACUGCUCCGUCCUUAGCGGACAUAUCCCACGAGUAAGAUCACGGAUCUUCCAAUCAUGCCACCAAGCAGCAUUUUCCCAUUGUUCUUGACAAAGAAAGGCCCGACAGUCAAAGCAGUGCAAGAGGUGCUCCAGCGCAUCGGAGAAGCAUCCGCAGGCACCAAAGAUGUGGUGCAAAACCGUCUCCUCACCAGGGUCUUGUCCAGGAAACUUCCGCAGAAAAAUUGGCCUCAGGGGAAUGAAGAGAAGAAAACUUCCAGGAUCUUGUCCAUCGACAUGGGCAUCAAGAAUCUGGCGUACUGCGUUGCCGACGUAGAGAAGCCUACUUCCACCCCCAGCACCACAAAUAUGGAUUUCCUCACGUGGUGCCGAUUAGAUAUUGGCGAAGCAUUUCGAAAGUCCGACAAGAACUUGUCAUUUCUAUGUAGCAAUGCAGAAUUCCUAGACCGGGAAGACGAGGACUCUGUAUCUAGCAUGGCAGAACUCGAAGACCGGGAAGACGAGGAGCUUUACACGCCAGAAAACCUGUCACAGAUGGGGUACUGGUUCCUGCGUAAGGUUCUGAACGACUGGAACCCGGAUGUCAUUCUCAUUGAGCGGCAGCGGUGGCGCAGCGCGGGUAGCCCCACGAUACAGCAAUGGACUGUGCGAGUUAAUACUCUGGAGGCGGUCAUGUGGGCUGUGAUGACGGCGAUGAAGACUGAGCGCGAGAAGCGCUUCCACUGGCGGAUGCAUGCGGUGGAUCCUAAGCGUGUGGGACACUUCUGGCUCGAUGGCGUGACGCUGCCCGCACCUUCACGAGUACAAAAGAAGAAGGACUCCAAGUCUGCAGCAACCUCCGAAGAAAACAACGACAUCAUCGGCGCACUCGAUGACGAAAAGGCAGUCAGCAUCAAGAAGCUGACCCGCGGAAAAGCAGAGAAAAAGGCGAAGAUCCAACUCCUGCGAACCUGGCUCGACUCAGAGCAUCCUUCCACGGCGCUAGCAACCUGCAGCAGCACGUCUGAAUCGGAAGCACUCUACCCGAACAUAAACUUCACCUUCUCCAGCCACGGACGCCUAGAUACCCCGAGCUAUGGCGCCGACGGCACGCGCCAAGCCCUUCUCUACGCCACCGACACAACAUCUGAGAGAGCAAAAAGAACAAGAUACUACAAAGACUACGUCAGGAAGGUCGACGAUAUCACAGACUGCUUCCUGCAGGCCGCGGCGUGGGUGGCGUGGGACGAAAAUCUGCGGAGGUUGGAGCCGGAGGCGAAGUCGUUGAUGGCGCAGGUGGAGGAGAAGCUGGGACGCGAAGUGAAUGGGCGGUUGGCUGAUGGUGUGAAGGAGGUGCAAGCGAGUUUAGAAAAUGCCGCGGAUGGGGACGAAACAGCGGUGAGGAGCGCAAUAAGGAGUAGGAAGGCGAAGACGAAAGAGAGCGAAGGACUAGAGCUUGUGGCCAAAGUGGAGGAACCCACUACAUCACCGCGGACAAAGAGAAAGACAAAGAAAUCGAAGAGUGAGACGUAAUCUCGUAACGAAGCUAGAGCUUAAUGAUUUCAUAGG